AUUCAAUAUUUAUUAGAUGGUACAGGAUGCAGUAAUUACUUAUUUCAUUAACGAUUUUUUAUAAGUUACUAUAAUUAUAGAGUCAUUCAGAUAUCACUAUCGCAACCUCGGAGCCUUCCGCCGUAGGUAUACGAGUAUUUCUACGUGGGGUAGAUACAGUCGUAAACGAUCAAUUUAACAAUGGUCAAGUCUAUAGACGCUGGAGAUCAUUUAACUCCCGGAGAUGUCAAUUGUUAACUUUCUGCUAUAAUAAAGACUGAAUAGCAUGACAGCUUCGAAACGUAUGUAUCUAUCCAGUUACUUAACGUGUUUGUUAAAGGUUAUCACACGGAUAGCGUUUUGUUUUUUUUUGUAAAUACAAUCGAAAAAUAUUAUGUUCCAUGUUAUGUAACGUGGUUAUCAUUGUUAUUUUUGAACGAAAUAAUUCUUAUCGAAAAAGUUCAAGAUGUUUAUUAGUUUAAAUUUUUUCCGCAAUCUUACCGCACGUAUAAUUUUAUAUUACUAAAUUCAAAAUGAAAGUUGUAGUGACAGGCGCAAGAGGAUUUUUAGGGGCGCGCGUCGCAGAUUUCCUGCUUGGACCAAACUGUCCCUUCCCCGUAACUGAAUUGGUAUUAACAGGAUCUGGAUUGCCAGCUAAACGCGAUGAUCCUCGAGUCCGACUUGUUGCUGUUGACUUGUCCGUCCCCGAAGCCGCUGAGAAGUUAAUAACUGAAGACACUGACGUCAUCUUCCACAUGGCAGCCGUUGUCAGUGGCCAUGCAGAGGCUGAAUUCGAGUACGGCAUGAAAGUCAACUUUGAAUCAACUAGAGCCCUACUAGAAGCUGCGAGGCAACGCGUGCCGAAAAUUAAAUUUGUUUAUACAAGCGCUGUUGCUGUCUUCGGUGGAAACCUGCCUCCAAUCGUCGACGACCUAACUGCUGUUAUGCCACAGAACUCCUAUGGCACUGCUAAAGCCAUGAGCGAGCUACUUGUGAACGAUUAUUCACGGCGCGGUUUUGUCGAUGGACGUAUACUUCGCGUGCCAACAAUAAGCGUUAGGCCUGGUGCCCCAAAUCGGGCUAUGACGUCAUUUGCUAGUGGAAUUAUUCGUGAACCACUUAAUGGUGUGCCUGCGAUCUGCCCGGUGCCUCCUGAGCAAGAGUUAUGGUUAUCAAGUCCUAGUACAGUGGUGAAGAAUAUUGUUCAUGCUGCGGUUUUACCAACUGGUUUACUUGGACCAUGGCGUUGUGUUACGUUACCUGGUAUUUGUAUAUCUGUUGGUGAGAUGGUGGAUGCUCUGAGAGCUGUUGCAGGGGAUAAAGUGGCUGAUUUGGUGCGCUUUAAAAAAGACGAGACCAUAAGUCGGGUUGUAGCGACGUUUCCUAGCAAGUUUGACAAAGAGCGAGCACUCCAAUUAGGUUUCACUGUUGAUACUAAUUUCGGUGAUUUUAUUGAAGAAUACAUACGCCAUGAUCUACAGCCUCGCAAAUAAGUUCACAAUUAUGUGAAAAUAAUUAUGUCAUAUUAAAAACAUUUAUCAAUAAUAGUAAUAUUUUGACCUGCUCCUGCAAUUUGUCCGUUGAUGCAUCCUUCAUCCCACAAAUUGAAGCAUCGUGAUGCGCCUGUGAAUUAAAAAUAAGUAUGAGUUAGCUAUAAGAUUACUCAAAGCCCAGCAAUCGUUACCAUUUCCUGCACCUUAUUUUUUUACUUUCAAACCGUCAGAAAUAAGUGAUAUUGUGACAGGAUCAACUAGAGUCGAUAUGUAAAACAUUAUGGAAGCGUCGAGCAAGAUAUAACUAUUAUCUCUAAAA